AAGGUCAUAGAUUCUAACGCAAAUAAAAAACAAAAUGGACUUUAAAAGGCCACCACCCAUGCGAAGUACGCUUGCUUCCAAAGAUCAUAGUAGGUAUUGUGACUUCGACCAAGACCACGGCCACACCAUGGAAGAAUGCAAUAGUUUGAAGUUCGAGCUUGAAGGCUUAGCUCAUAAAGGGAUGCUAAAUGAGUACAUCUCAAGUAAGGAUCAGCUCAAGUUUGUACGAGAAAAUGGGCAACAGUCCCAAAGCCCUCGAGAUGCGAGUAACAUGAUUGUAAACUUAGCUCAAAAGAGGAAGUUCAAUGAUGCAGAAUGGAAAAGCCAACCCAUAACGUUCACUCAAACCAACCUUGAUGGUGAUGUCACACCACAGAAUGACCCAUUGGUCACUUCGGUCAUCAUCAAUAACCGUGAAGUUCAGUGCGUCCUUGUUGACACUGGAAGUACUCCCAACAUCAUGUAUUAUCACUGUUUUGAGAGCCUCAGCCUCAACCCUGCUCUCCUACAAAAGUAUAAUGGUCAUAUCUAUGGGUUCAACAAUCAACUGAUCCUUAUGGAAGGGGUUCUAAGGCUUAAUGUGGCCUUUGGUUUAGGGCGGACAUAUGUCACCCCUUCAGUUCGGUUCUUGGUGGUAAAGAUGGUUUUGUCUUUCAACAUUGUCAUCAAGAGGCCUACUCUAACUAAAAUUUGGGUUGUUGUCUCGUAGUCCCACCUAUGCAUGAAGUUUCCUAUGCUCGUGGGAGUGGCAACUCUGAGGGGCAACCAAGAAAUAGCUAAGCAUUAU